AAACAUUCACUCCACUCUCCACCACCACACAAUAAAGAAACAUCUUAGCUCCUCUAACCCUCCACUUCUCUAGUACUCCACUCCAUACCAUCCCUCAGUCCCUCCUAUUUCAUUUCACUUGAAGAUGGCGAGAAAGGGGCAUACACUAGUUGCGGUCUACAUAAUCAUGGCGGCGGCGAUGCUUAUCGGAAAACUAGAGGUGAGCGAGGCGGUGACGUGCAGCGCGACGGAGCUGAGCCCAUGCGCGUCUGCAAUCAUAUCGGGGACGCCGCCGUCGGCGGCAUGUUGCAGUAAACUGAAGGAGCAGAAGCCGUGCCUUUGCGGAUACCUUAAAAAUCCAACCCUUAGACAGUUUGUUAACUCUCCCAAUGCUAAAAAAGUUGCUUCAGCUUGUGGUGUGCCUACUCCCAAGUGUUAAAUAUAUAUAUAUAUAUAUAUAUAUAU